AUGAACUCUAAGACUGUUUUGGUUACGUGUGGUGCCACAAUACCUUUCCCAAAGUUAAUUUCCUGCAUUUUGAGUCCCGAAUUUAUCAGAAGUCUCAUAGACAAUGGGUUUAAUAGGCUGAUUGUUCAAUUUGGUAGAGGGUAUGGACUAUUGUUUGGAAAGCAAUUGGGCCUUCUGAAGCCCUCUGAAGAGAAACUAAGCUCUUUGACUUCUUGUCAGCUUGGAUCUGAUCAGGUAUGUUGUUUCAAAAUAGAUAAUCUGGAAAUUGUAGGAAUGGAAUAUUCGACAAGGAUACAAGAACUAAUAAAGGAUUCCGCUGAUCUGGUCAUUUCUCAUGCUGGAACAGGAUCAAUCCUUGAUUCUUUAAGAUUACAUAAACCAUUGAUCGUGGUGAUAAAUGAGGAUUUAAUGGAUAAUCACCAACAACAAAUUGCUGAUAAGUUUGAAGAAUUGGGCUAUGUAUGGUCGUGCAAGCCACAAACUUCGAGACUAAUUGAUUGCCUAGACAAGUCCCAGCGCAAAAAUACGGAACUUGUACCGUUACCUAACGCUCAUAACAAGAAUUUUGAAAACACACUAAUUAAUUUAGCAAACUCUUGA